AUGCUGGCAAAACGACUGACUUCGAUGCUCAGACGCCUUGCGCCGGGUAUCAACAGCAAAGGACAGCCAACAAUAGCAGUCGGUGGCCAAGAAGUUGUAAUCGACGCAUACUUUCGCAUACUAGCUCUUGCAGACAGCGGCAAAAGUCGGAACGAGAUUGUAUCUCACAUUAUUCAUGUGACAGAGUCGAAUGCCUUGGACGCGGGGGCCACUUUCGGAAGUUUGGUGGACAACAUCCUGGAAAACGAACGGCUUGUCCAAGCAUCAUUGACAGCCCCAGUGGCGAAGCAUGACCGUGCAAGUAUUGUCAGGGAACAUCAACAACCACGGAAAUCAGUCCUUUCAAAACCUCGUCGGGUGACUACGCAUGUCACCUUUUCGGAGCCGACUCUUCGGUCGCCAACAUCCCCUGACAAAGAAGAAGAGAAACUUGUGAUCGAAGCUCUGAGGCUAAUGGCCGAGCGAGAUGCCGUAACGAAAGCCAUUCCCGAUACCCAGGCACGACGAAGAGCUACAGCCGCCCUUGAUGAGCAAAUCAGGUCAUCGUUGCGCAAACACCAAGCAGUGGAUGAUCUCGAUGAUGCUCGCAUAAGGCUGGAGCUUGCCAGACAGAACCUCAAAUAA